GGUCAAAGGUCAACCAAAUUAAAAUGUUUUUUUUAAUUGGGCUGCUCAUGCCCGUGAUUAGAUAAGGUUCCUCCUACUCCUCCUCCUCCUCUUCCUCCUGGGCGAAUGGAAUUCAUCUAAUGAAUGACUUCCUUUGAAAUAUGUCAUGAGUCACGUGACAUGAGGCGUCACGUCUAGUCUUUAAGAGCAGCCCGUCACAGCGGCACUCAGAGUACACCUCAGUCACCCGUGCCGCUCACCUUCACCUGGAAACCACCACGUACGUCUGGAGGUAACUCUGACAUGUUCCUUGUAUGAAGCGUAACAUGCCAUGGUCAUGUUUCCACUGCAGCGUCAUCAGCAUGUCGCCCAGCGAGGACCUGGAGUGCGUGGUGUGCCGCCACGAGUACUCGUGCAGGGAGCGGGUCCCGCGGAUGCUGCACUGCCAUCACACCUUCUGCGCACCUUGCCUGGAGAAACUAUCCAAAAUGGACGGCGUGAUCAGGACCAUCAGCUGCCCCCUGUGCCGAUGGAUCACCUGCACCAGGGCCAGCCUGACCCUGCCGGGUGCUUUGUGGGUCAACACUGAGAUAUGGGACCAGAUUGCGGAGAAAGGCGAGAGGAAGGAGGAUGUGAGGAAGCAGCUCAUCGGGCCCGUAUUCUUGGACUCCAAGUCCACUUUUUUCAAGUCCACGUUCCAAAGUGUGUUCAGCUGCAUCCCUCUGCAUGAGAAACACUUACAGAGGUGCUGACCCGGAUGGAUGCAGACCAUCUCAUCGGGACCGCCUUCCCUUUUGUAUUACACUGUAAAUGCCUGUCAAAAAACACAAUAACUGUCAAAAACCCCCCAGUGAAAUGAGAACUUGUUGUAUAUAUUUGUUUGAAUUAUUUAUUAUUACAUGUCAGUUUAAAGAGUUUUAAAAAAAAGUUAAACAUUGUUCAGUGUGUUUGUUUGUUUUUAUGGCUGAUGAGAAUUUGAUGACGCUCCCUUGAUCAAAAUGAAUGAUUAAUUAUGCCUGAUUUUAUAUGCAUUUAAUGGCAUUAAAAAAAUCAUGUUUUUCCACUUUUACAAAUUAAAAAUUUUACAAUUUUUUUCCAAUUAAUCAUCUACUUGCUACUGAUACUUUGAACAGUUACAAAUUUCAAUAAUACAUAAUUUUUUAUAUACCUGUAUAUGUAUAUAUAUAUAUAUGUGUGUGUGUGUGUGUGUGUGUGUGUGUAUAGAUGUGUUUGGUUUAUUCAAUAGAAUUUACAAUGAGGGUUGAAUUUGAUGAGGGUUGUCAUAUUGAACUAUGACAGGAAGAAAUAGUAAUACAGUAUCUGACCUUGUAGUGUUCUGCACUUCACAAAUGAAGACUGACCCAACAGCGCCUCUGCUGGUCGCAGCCAAGUACUGCAGUCAAUGUUGCUUCUAUUGUUGAUGAGCCAAAUAGAAAAUGGACAGAUGCUUCAAACCUCACAAAUUUUAUUUAAACUUACUUCUUCUCUGUAAAUGUUCUUUUUGUAAUAUUGUGUCUUUUUUUCCCAAAAUGUUUUGACAUUAUUCGCAUUAUAUUAUAUCUUUUUCCUCAACCCAAUGUUCCAAAAUGU